AUGACACCAGUGAAGAUCCUGGGACUCCACAAGUUCAAGCUGACAGAUGAGGAGUGGGAAAUUGCUGGCCAGCUGAGAGAUGUGCUAAAGGACGCCACACUUUUCUUCUCGCACUCUACGCCAAGUCUCACCACUGUAAUCCCGGCAAUGGACCUCAUUGACGACAAACUAACAAGCUACUCGCAGGACCACAAAUAUCUGCCAGCAAUUUGUGCUGCUGUCUGCCUAGCUAAGAAGACUCUUAACAGGUACUAUGAACUAACCGAUACAUCUGAAGUCUACCGCAUCGCUAUGGUCCUACAUCCUCAUCACAAGCUAUCUUACUUCAAGAAUGCAGGUUAG